AACAAAUUUCCCUUUAUUGAAAUGAACAGUAGGUAAGGCUGAUUCACGGUCAACUUUUCUUCUACCUCAUUCACCUUGAAAAGAUGUUUAGGACAGAUGCGUAGCGGGUUAUUAAAUCAUGAGAUCCGGUGAUAACAGAGAUUUACAAAAGUAUAAUGGCUUUAUCUAAUCUGGUGUAAGUGAUUUUUGCGCGCCUCAAAAAAUGCCAGUGUAGCUACAUCCAUUAAAACCAUUAAGUAUUCAAUACCUCGCUCAACAUGAAGUUCACACCGAACGAAAACAUCCUAAGAGUGGCUUUACUCGUUUUUAGCAUUUUGUUUGGGAUACUGAGUGUUUCUCUGAUUGCCUUGGGGGUCGUGUACAUCGAUGAGUUAUGGUGGCCGAGGAGAUACGUCGGUUUGGAUUUCAUCGAAUUGCCCACUUUGCUGAUAGUUUUGGGUUCGCUGAGUUUAGCAAUGGCAUUGGCGGGAUGUGUGUGUGCCAAAACAUACAGUAGAACGCUGCUGCUUACAUUUGCCGUUGUCUUGUUUAUAAUUUUGUGUUUCGAGUUGUCGAUAGCCGUUAUAGCUUUUAUCAACUUCGAUGAACACGAAGGAGCACAUACCAAAACACAUCGAAAAAUGUUCCAGCAAUAUAACAGCGUAAGCGACGAAACAAAAUUGUUCUUUCAGGAGUUAGAAGACCAUGUGAGUUUUCAGUGAUGUGUUCAUGCAUCAGUCGGCAGCGUACAUAUUUGCCUUAUUUGUAUAUAUACUCAUUCGUAGACUGUACAUAAUUAAAUUAUUAUUAUAAGGUUAAAUGUU